GAAAGUUAACAAAGUCUGAGAGGCAGAGAUUUAAAGAAGAGGCUGAAAUGUUAAAGGGCCUUCAACAUCCUAAUAUUGUUCGAUUCUAUGAUUCUUGGGAAUCGACAGUAAAAGGAAAGAAGUGCAUUGUUUUGGUGACUGAACUUAUGACAUCUGGAACGCUUAAAACGUACUUGAAAAGGUUUAAGGUGAUGAAGAUCAAAGUUCUAAGAAGCUGGUGCCGUCAGAUCCUUAAAGGACUUCAGUUUCUUCAUACUCGAACUCCACCUAUUAUUCACCGAGAUCUUAAGUGUGACAAUAUCUUUAUCACUGGCCCUACAGGCUCAGUCAAGAUUGGAGACCUAGGUCUGGCAACCCUGAAGCGGGCUUCCUUUGCCAAGAGUGUGAUAGGUACCCCAGAGUUCAUGGCCCCUGAGAUGUAUGAGGAGAAAUAUGAUGAAUCUGUUGACGUUUAUGCUUUUGGCAUGUGUAUGCUUGAGAUGGCCACAUCUGAAUACCCUUAUUCAGAGUGCCAGAAUGCUGCUCAGAUCUACCGUCGAGUGACCAGUGGGGUGAAACCAGCCAGUUUUGACAAAGUAGCAAUUCCUGAAGUAAAGGAAAUUAUUGAAGGAUGCAUACGGCAAAACAAGGAUGAAAGAUAUUCUAUCAAAGAUCUUUUGAACCAUGCCUUCUUCCAGGAGGAAACAGGGGUACGGGUAGAAUUAGCAGAAGAAGAUGAUGGAGAAAAGAUAGCCAUUAAAUUAUGGCUGCGUAUUGAGGAUAUUAAGAAAUUAAAGGGAAAAUACAAAGACAAUGAAGCUAUUGAGUUUUCCUUUGACUUGGAGAGAGAUGUGCCAGAAGAUGUUGCUCAAGAAAUGGUAGAGUCUGGUUAUGUCUGUGAAGGUGAUCACAAGACCAUGGCAAAAGCCAUCAAAGACAGAGUGUCACUAAUUAAGAGAAAACGAGAGCAGCGUCAGUUGGUGCGGGAAGAGCAAGAAAAAAGAAAGCAGGAAGAGAAGAGUCUCAAACAGCAGGUAGAACAACAAUCAAGUGCUUCCCAGGCAGGAACCAAGCAGCUCCCUGCUGCUAGCACCGGCAUGCCCACUGCCUCCACCACUUCAGCUUCAGUUUCUACACAAGUAGAACCUGAAGAACCAGAGGCAGAUCAACAUCAACAAUUACAGUACCAGCAACCUAGUAUGUCUGUAUUAUCUGACGGGACAGUUGACAGUGGUCAAGGAUCUUCUGUCUUCACAGAAUCUAGAGUGAGCAGCCAACAGACAGUUUCAUAUGGUUCCCAACAUGAACAGGCACAUUCUACUGGCACACUCUCAGGGCAAGCACAAUCUCAGCCCCAUGGGGCAUAUCCACCCUCAAGUAUGCCUCAGUCCAUGGCGCAUCCGUGUGGGGGGACCCCAACAUACCCAGAAUCACAGAUAUUUUUCCCAACUAUUCAUGAACGUCCAGUUUCUUUUUCACCACCUCCCACCUGUCCACCGAAGGUGGCCAUUGCCCAGCGGCGUAAGAGCACCUCCUUCUUGGAAGCCCAGACUCGCCACUUCCAACCUGUGCUGAGGACUGUUGGCCAAAAUCUUCUUCCACCUGGUGGCAGCCCAACUAACUGGACACCAGAGGCUGUAGUUAUGCUGGGCACUACAGCCAGUAGAGUAACUGGAGAGCCAUGUGAGAUACAGGUCCAUCCUAUGUUUGAACCAGCUCAAGUUCACAGUGACUAUAGACCUGGACGAAUACUUACAGAAGAAGCUCACUAUUUUAUUCCUCAGGAAGCAGUUUAUCUAGCUGGGGUACAUUACCAGGCCCAGGUGGCAGAACAGUACGAGGGUAUUCCGUACCACUCAACAGUCCCGUCAAGUCCUGUGAAACAGAUACCUGAACAGAAGCCAGUACAAGGGGGACCUACCUCAAGUUCUGUCUUUGAAUUUCCAUCUGGACAGGCUUUCUUGGUAGGACACCUUCAGAAUUUAACGUUAGAUUCUGGACUGAGUCCAGGAUCUCCCCUCUCUAGUAUGUCUGCACCAAUCAGUACAGAUGCUACACUUUUGAAAUUUCACCCUGUCUUUGUUCCUCAUUCUGCACCCGCUGUGUUAACUCACAACAGUGAGAACAGAAGCAAUUGUGUGUUUGAGUUUCAUGUUCAUACUCCAAGCUCCUCUUCAGGAGAAGGAGGAAUUUUACCUCAGCGUGUUUAUCGAAAUCGACAGUUUACAGUGGACUUGAAACAGGAAGAACCGCCUCUUCAAUCAGUUGGAUUGCAUGGCCGCCUGCAGCCUGUGACUGAAGAACAGCAGAAUUACUAUGCCCCAGAAUUGUCCAUUUCUGUGGUAGAGCCUAUCGGACAGAACUGGCCAAUAGGAAGUCCAGAAUAUUCCAGUGAUUCCUCACAAAUUACUUCUUCAGACCCCAGUGAUUUUCAGUCACCUCCCCCUACAGGGGGAGCAGCUGCACCUUUUGGCUCUGAUGUCUCAUUACCCUUUAUCCGUCUGCCUCAGACAGUGUUACAAGAACCCCCACUUUUCUUCUGUUUUCCCCAAGGAACCACAUCUCAGCAGGCUUUAUCUGCCUCAUUUUCUUCAGGAGGAUCUGCACUCCAUCCACAGGCACAGGGACAGAGCCAGAGUCAGCCAUCCUCAAGUAGCUUAACGGGGGUUCCAUCUUCCCAACCCAUACAUUCUCAGCAGCAGGGGAUACAGCAGACAGCCCCGCCUCAACAGACAGUACAGUAUUCACUUCCCCAGACAUCAGCCUCCAACGAGGCCCCUACUGCACAGUCAGGGAGCCAGCCUCAAGCUCCACAGGUCUUGCCUCAAGUAUCAGCUGGAAAACAGCUUCCAGUUUCCCAGGCAGCACCAACUAUCCAAGGCGAACCUCAGAUCCCAGUUGCAACACAACCCUCAGUUGUUCCAGUGCAUUCUGGUGCUCAUUUCCUCCCUAUGGGACAGCCACUCCCUACUUCCUUACAUCCUCAGUACCCCAUCUCUCAAGUUCCCAUAUCAACUGCUCAUGUGUCUGCAGCUCAGACAGGUUUCUCAUCCCUUCCCAUCACAAUGGCAGCUGGCAUUAAUCAGCCUCUGCUCACUUUGGCUUCAUCUGCUACAGCAACUGUGAUCCCAGGGGGACCGACUGUGGUUCCUAGUCAGCUUCCAACCCUCCUGCAGUCUGUGACUCAGCUGCCAAGUCAGGUUCACCCGCAACUCCUGCAGCCAGCAGUUCAGUCCAUGGGAAUACCUGCUAACCUUGGACAAGCUGCUGAGGUUCCACUUCCCUCUGGAGAUAUUCUGUACCAGGGCUUCCCACCUCAACUGCCACCACAAUACCCAGGAGAUUCAAAUAUUGCUUCCUCUUCCAGUGUGGCUUCUGUUUGCAUCCCUUCUACAGUCCUGUCCCCUCCCAUGUCAACAGAAGCAUUGGCUGCACCAGGUUACUUUCCUACAGUGGUGCAGCCUUAUGUGGAAUCAAAUCUUUUGGUUCCUGUGGGCAGUAUAGGAGGACAGAUUCAAGUGUCCCAACCAGCUGUGAGUUUAGCACAACAAGCCCCCACCACAUCCUCCCAGCAAGCAGCUCUGGAGAGUACUCAGGGAGUCUCCCAGGUUGCUCCUGUAGAGCCAGUUCCAACAGCACAGCCACAGCCUACCCAGCCUCAGCCUACCACUCUAGUCUCCUCUAUAGACAGUGCACAUUCAGAUGUUGCUUCAGGUAUGAGUGAUGGCAAUGAGAAUGUCCCAUCAUCCAGUGGAAGGCAUGAAGGGAGAACUACAAAACGGCAUUAUCGAAAAUCUGUAAGAAGUCGCUCUCGUCAUGAAAAGACUUCACGACCUAAAUUGAGAAUUUUGAAUGUUUCAAAUAAAGGAGACCGAGUAGUAGAGUGUCAAUUAGAGACUCACAAUCGGAAAAUGGUUACAUUUAAGUUUGAUUUAGAUGGUGACAACCCCGAGGAGAUAGCAACCAUUAUGGUUAACAAUGACUUUAUUCUAGCAAUAGAAAGAGAGUCAUUUGUGGAUCAAGUUCGGGAAAUUAUUGAAAAAGCUGAUGAAAUGCUCAGUGAGGAUGUCAGUGUGGAGCCAGAGGGUGACCAAGGAUUGGAGAGUCUACAGGGAAAGGAUGACUAUGGGUUUUCAGGUUCUCAAAAAUUGGAAGGAGAGUUCAAACAACCAAUUCCUGCAUCUUCCAUGCCCCAGCAAAUAGGUGUUCCUACCAGUUCUUUAACUCAAGUUGUUCAUUCUGCUGGAAGACGGUUUAUAGUGAGUCCUGUGCCAGAAAGUCGAUUACAAGAAUCAAAAAUUUUUACCAGUGAAAUAUCUGCUGACACAGUCGCUGCUUCUACGUCUCAUGGCACUGGAGUGAACUUGUCUCACUCUGCUUCAUCCCUUAGUCUGCAGCAGGCCUUUUCUGCACUUAGACAUGCCCAAAUGACAGAAGGACCCAGUACAGCACCUCCCAACUUCAGUCAUACAGGACCAACAUUUCCAGUAGUACCUCCUUCCAUGAGUAGCAUUUCUGGAGUGCCAACCACAGCAGCAGCCACGCCUGCUGUAUCAGGCCCUGCACCUAGCUGCCCUCUUACUGAUACUUCCACCCCAGUAAUUCAGUCUGAGCUUACAGUGCCUGCUGGGAAAGGGGUUGCUGGAGUUGCCACAUGCACAGGUGUAAUAACCUCAAGUGGUCUUCCUGUACCAUCUGUGUCUGAAUCACCAGGACUUACCAGUGAGGUGUCAGGCACCACAGCAGCUACCACUGUCUCAAUAUCAACAACAUCCCAGCCAGCUCAGGCUCCUGCGCCUGGGAGCAUUGUUUCUAGUACAGGCACUUUGACCUCAAUACCAGUUUUAAUAGCUCCAGCCUCUGCAGGGGGUGGUGGUGCUGCCCCAGGUGCUAAGCCUCCACCUAUAUUACCUCAGCAGGCAGCAAGCAGUACUUCUGGGAUAGCCAUGGUGUCUUCGGCAUCUACCACCCCCGCCUUCCCAAGCAUAGCUUCACAGCCAGCUGUUCAUCUUAGCAGCAGCUCCGCUACCCCUACCCCAGCUGAAACGGUGGUGGUUAGUGCACACUCGCUGGAUAACACAUCCCAUAGCAGUGCAGCUGGGUUGGCUUUGUCCCUCUCUGCAUCAUCUUCCUCUUCUUCCCCUGGAGCAGGAGUAUGUAGUUCUGUUUCUGGGCCUGUUGGGGUCCAUUCUUUGGUCAUUCCAUCAGCUGUAGCUUCUAUUCCUGUCCUUCCCCAAGCAGCAGGACCUACUCCUACGCCCUUAUUACCCCAGGUACCCAGUAUCCCACCAGUGGUACAACCUGUUACCAGUGUGCCUGCUGUACAGCAGACACUAAUUCAUAGUCAGCCUCAGCCAGCCUUGCUUCCCAACCAGCCCCAUACUCACUGUCCUGAAAUAGAUGCUGAUAUACAGCCCAAAGCUCCUGGCAUUGAUGACAUAAAGACUCUAGAGGAGAAACUGCGGUCUCUCUUCAGUGAACAUGGCUCAUCUGGAGCUCCACAUGCCUCUGUCUCACUGGAGACAUCAAUGGCAGUAGAGACCGCUCUCCCACCUGGUGUGCCAACCACCGCUGUUGCACCAGGCAAGCUGGUGACUUCCACAGCAAGCACUUGCUCACCACCAGCCAGUCUGCCAUUAGGAACAACUGGCUCAUCGGUUACACCAGUGGUCACAGCUGGACAAGUUUCCACCCCGGUCAGCACUGCACCAGGAGGGAAAGCAGGAGGGGCUCCAUUAAAGCCACCUUUGACCAAGGCUCCAGUCCUGCCACCAGUGGGUACUGAACUUCCAGCUGGUACUCCACCCAGUGAGCAGCUGCCACCUUUUCCAGGACCUUCACUAACUCAGUCCCAGCAACCUCUGGAAGAUCUUGAUGCUCAGUUGAGAAGAACACUUAGUCCAGAGACUGUUGCAGUGACAUCUGCAGUUGGUCCUGUGCCCAUGGCAGCUCCAGCAACAGUUCCGGAAGCAGGAGCACAGCCUCAGAAGGACGUUUCUCAAGUCACAGAAGGUCCUGGCAUAUUAACUAGUUCAGGGACUGGUGUUUUUAAGAUGGGGCGGUUUCAGGUUUCAGUUGCAAUGGAUGAUGUCCAAAAAGAGGGUAAAAGUAAGUCAGAAGAUAUAAAGUCUGUUCAUUUUGAGUCCAGCACUUCAGAGUCCCCAGUGCUGUCAAGCAGUAGCCCAGAGAGUACCCUGGUAAAGUCAGAACCCAGUGGGAUGGCCCUCCACAGCGUCUCUCCAGCUAGGCCUGAGAGUGCCCACCAGACUCCUGGCUUAGAAGCUGGGUGUCCCACCAAGGUCGGACGUUUUCAGGUGACAACUACAGCAAACAAAGUAGGUCGUUUCUCCGUGUCAAGAACUGAGGACAAGAUCAACGAGGCGAAGACAGAGGGGCCCGUGGCAUGUCCUCCUUUUGUGGACUUGGAACAAGCUAUUUCUCCUGUAAUACCAAAGAAAGAAAAGCCUGAACUGUCAGAGCCUUCACCUCUGAACGGGCCAUCUUCUGACCUGGAGGCUGCCUUCUUAAGUAGGGAUGUGGAUGAAGGUUCAGGUAGCCCACACUCCCCCCAUCAGCUGAGCUCAAAGAGCCUUCCUAUCCAGAACCUAAGUCAAAGCCUUAGUAAUUCAUUCAACUCCUCUUACAUGAGUAGUGACAACGAGUCAGAUAUUGAAGAUGAAGAUCUAAAGCUAGAGCUGCGACGACUACGGGAAAAACAUCUUAAAGAGAUUCAAGACCUGCAGAGUCGCCAGAAGCACGAAAUUGAAUCUUUGUACACCAAGCUGGGCAAGGUGCCCCCUGCUGUCAUUAUCCCCCCAGCCGCCCCUCUUUCAGGGAGGAGAAGGCGGCCCACUAAAAGCAAAGGCAGCAAAUCCAGCCGCAGCAGUUCCUUGGGGAAUAAAAGCCCUCAGCUUUCAGGUAAUCUGUCUGGUCAGAGUUCAGCUUCAGUCUUGCACCCCCAGCAGACCCUUCACCCUCCUGGCAGCAUCCCAGAGACUGGGCAGAGUCAGUUGUUACAGCCCCUUAAGCCAUCUCCCUCCAGUGACAACCUCUAUUCAGCCUUUACCAGUGAUGGUGCCAUGUCAAUACCAAGCCUUUCUGCUCCAGGUCAAGGCUGUGCGAAGUUUAACUGUGCAUCUGAGCAGGUGACAUUCAAACCUGGUGGCAGGAGGACCCGAUUUCUGAGUACGCCCUGCUUGGCUCUUUGGAAGAUGGUGAAAAAAGUCUGUCCUUGCAACCAGCUCUGUAUGUGCCCUCCGGCCGAGCCGAAACCAGGCAGGACACAGACUCCUUCCUUCCCUCUCAUCAAGCCAUAGAAAUAGAAUUCCUUCAUGAUGACCUCAAAGCUUCCCGCUCCCCCUUCUUUACACCCGCCUCAGCUGGAAUGUUCCUGAUGCUUCCACAUGAGAGUGCUUGCUCUUUGGGAAGAGGGGGGAAAGAGUGAGAAUCCUUGACCCCACUGGACCUGAAGUCAUCUUCAGGAAAAUCGUGUCUUCCUGGAGUUGAAGGUUCAGGCACAACAUAGAGAACCUUCCUCAUGAGUAGUCUUGGUCUUUACUCAGGAAAUUGAGAGAGGUUGAAGCCUUAGUUCCACCUCUCCCAAAGUUUAUGUUUACAGAUUCAUGCUUAUGGGUCCAGGUGAAAAGUUUUUUGAAAAGAACAUGCUCUUUCUUAUAACACCUCUUUCUGUUGAAGAAGGGCUAAUGACUAUGGCAGUGCCUCCUGCUUUGGGAACCCCAUCUUUCCCUGGGCCAAGCACCUAUCUUUGCACUCCUUUAGCUCAACUCAAUGCUCAAGAAUCCUCUUCUUUUGCCCUACAUUCCACAAUAUUCUAGAGCAACUCACCUCAUUGGCCAUACCACAGCGCCCUCAGCAGUGUGCCCUGGGACUGGAGUACUAGCAGGGCUCCAGGGGGGUCUGUGAGGGGCAGAGGGGGCCCCCCUCCCUUUGCACCUGCCAGUAUACUACGUUGUUGAGCCUCCUCUGCAGCUCCUGAAGAGAAUCUGUUUUCAUUACCCUGUGAUGCCAAAUACUUGGCUAAACAGACCUUGGGACUUUCCUGUCUUGCAUGGCUUCCCCAUUCAUCCCCUCCCCAUUCAGUGGCUUGCCAUUCAUCAUCCUGUAAAGUUUUCUCUCUUCCUGAAGUUACAGCCCAU